AUGGAGCCACCAGAAAAACCUGGACAUCCUGGUCUUGUCACCGUAGCUCAGAAAUUGGCGAAAGACUCUGGUACUCGUAACAAAAUAAUGUUGCCUUCAAGUGUCGCAAAUCAAAGUUAUAGUGUGUCUGCUUCCUUGCCAGCACCUGCUUCAACAUCGAUACCUUCAUCUAAGGGAAGUUUAGUGCCAAGUGAAGCAGCCGAUGGUGGUGGCACACAGGAGAGUCAUGAUGCCAUCAAUGUGGACAGUGAUGUUGAGGAACAACCUGUUACCAAGAAGGCAAAGAAAACCACAUCUGAAGUGUGGCAAUACUUCACCAAGUACUGGGUGACAGUGGAGGUAAAUGGCAAGCAAGAACAACAAUGUUGGGCAAAGUGCAAUUUCAAAGGGUGUAAAAACAAGACUAGCAAGCAUAGAGCUGAGAGCAAUUUUGGAACAACUGCUUUUUGGACACAUCUUGCUAACUACCACAGUAUAAAGAAAGGACAGCAGCAGCUCACAACAAAAAAUAAUAAUGAGACAGGCAUUGUAACAGUCCAACCCUAUAAAUAUGAUCAAGAAGCUAGCUUGAGGAAGUUCUAUGAGGCAAUGAUUGUUCAUGAGUAUCCUUUCAACAUGGUUGAGCAUGAGUUUUUUCAAGAAUGGGUCAAAUCCAUGCGUCCAAAUUAUCCUCUCAAGUCUCAUGUCACUGUUAGAAAGGAAAUCAUAGAGUAUUAUUCGACUGAAAGAGAUAAGUUGUAUGAAUACUUCAAAACCAUUCAAAGCCGGUUUAGUGCAACGAUGGAUAUGUGGACAUCUAACCAGAAUAAGGGUUAUAUGUGUAUCACCCUUUAUUGGGUUGAUGAUGAUUGGAAAAUUCAGAAGAGGAUUAUUAAUUUCCUCCAUGUUGAAGGGCGACACACCGGUGAGAGGUUGUCUUAUACGGUUAGUUCUUGCCUUUUAAAAUGGUAUGUUGAGAAAAAGAUGUUCUCUUUGACUUUGGAUAAUGCUUCUGCAAAUGAGGUUGCUGUUAAGGAUCUAAUUAUAGAGCUCAAGAAGCAUAGAAAUUUAGUGUCUGAUGGGCUAUUUUUUCAUGUGAGAUGUGCUAAUCACAUCAUGAAUUUGGUUGUUAGAGAUGGUAUGCGUGUGAUUUCUGAUGCAACUGAAAAGAUUAGGACAUUUGUACUUGCUGUUAAGGGGUCUACAAUAUAG